AGUGCGGGAAAAGAUGAAAACAUUUGAGUCAUCUUCGAAAUACAUCUAUGUCAAAAUUUUGUGGCAUUCCUACAGUUAAAGGGGAGUGUUCUACAAAACGAUAAUGCCCAAAGCAAAGGAUAAGACUAAAAGAAGAAGAAUCGAAGAGCUAGAGGAAGAUUCGCAGCCCAGCCAAUCCCAAAGACGUAGAGCAAGCCAGCUAACAGUUGACGAUGAAAUAGAAGAGGUCGACUGCACACAGCCUGGAAAAUCUCAGAGUCAGAAAACACAAAAUCACAAAGAACUCUCCAAAGAAGAACUGAGGAGAAAGACAUCUGAUGUUGCUAGAUAUUUAUUAUUUGCAGACAGGAAAAAGUAUCCAGUCAAACGUGGAGAUAUAACCAAGAAUGUGCUAAAGGAACAUGCAAAAUCGUAUAAUGAAAUAUUGGACCAUGCCAGGAAAAACUUAAAGAAGGUUUUUGGAGUAGAUGUAGAGGAAAUUGAAGUAGGAAAGUCCAAAGGUUAUAUUUUAGUGGAUGGCAUUAAAACUGAAGAACAAAAUGAACUGACCGACUGGGGUGACGAUCUUCCCAAGAUGGGUCUGUUGAUGGUUGUGUUAGGCAUGAUUUUUAUGUCUGAUCAUGUGCUCACUGAAUCUAAACUUUGGCACAUGCUGAAGAAGCUUGGUGUAGAACCAAAGAAAGAGCAUGAAGUGUUUGGUGAUUCAGAAAAGCUCAUAUCACAGGAAUUUGUGAGACAAUGUUACUUGGACAGAAAGAAAGUUAUAGGAGGUGAGGAGGCUGCUUAUGAAUACAGAUGGGGAGCUAGAGCAGAGAAGGAGCUCACUUGGCGACGUGUACUAAAGUUUGUGUCUGAGAUCUAUGACACCCAAAUGGAAGACUGGACUGUCCAGAUGAAGGAGAUAAUUGCUAAAGAACAAAGCGAAACAAGAAGCACCCAGUGAGGGGAAAUAUUAAUCUAGGGAAUUAAUAAGAAAGAUGGCUGUCCGUCAUCAUUUUACCCUGUUCGUUUAACUCGUUACUCGCCAGCUGGUCAUUUCCUUGAAUCUCAGGCCAUAGCGGAUUUAUUUAACAAAGAUGAAAGAAGGACUAAAUUGGAAAAAAGAUAGACAUACUUUAUAUUGCCCAAACAAAUGUUUUCAAUGCGAUCGUUACAGUUACAUGUAUGCAAAGACUAUUGGUGAAACUCGCUAGGUCAAUUUGUGGGUAUUUGUAAAUCCAUGACAAAAGAAGGUUGUAGUUUAUUUAUGUUGCUAGUCGGUUGUAAAAAAUUUUCUUUUUGGAGUAAUGCGUAGGGUUUCCCAUGAAGUCGUGAAUGAGGAAAACUGAUAUGCAUUCUGAUUUCAUUAAGACAAGUGGAGAUUACUUGGAAGACGGCGUGAAGAGAUUUGUUGCAAGUCAGUUCUUUAAGUUUGGCGGGUGAGAUAUGUUAAGUUAGCUAAAUGUACGCAAAUAUUCCUGAACAAAGCGCUCUUUCAGCGCGAUUGGAGGAUUUUCAAAUAUAGACAUAUCUUUAGACAACUGCUAUACCAAUCACGUCAUUUGGUUGAACUCAUUUCGUCGAGUCUGGAAGAUGAUAGAGCGGUUCGAAAAAGGUCAAGUGCGAGUUUUAUCCAAACAAAAAAUGCGUUCGAUCUCUGAGUUAUUGUAAAUGUUUUAUUUUUAGCAAUGAAUUGUAACUGGCCCAUAAAACGCUAAUAGGGCAGUUGGAAGCGUUUUGGUUGGUCAGCAAAAAUUCUUACCAUCUGACUUCAAAGUGAUAUAAAUGAGGAGUCUUGCAUUGGUGUGAUGUUCCUUAUCUAGAAUAUCUCUCUCGACAAUCAACUCAUCCUGUUUAGCCCUGU